CUCGCACGCUGAUUUUCUUUCCGUGUAGAGGCCACGCCCCCGAAAGCAAAACUUCGGCCUUGGGGUGCGAAUUUUCACCGAAUUUCGCCUCGUCCAGCGGUCGGACGGCUGUUUUUCACGUGCAUCGGGUGUCAGAAAUCGCCGGCGACGCCUCGAGAUGUACGCACAAGCGUACGGCGGCCAGGGGGACAACAACUUGGGCGGCCCCCUGCCGAGCCUCAGCCCGAACGUCAGACCCUUGUCGCCCUUUUUGAACAUCGACCCCAACGCAAUCCGCGGCACGCAGCCCGAGUUUAUUUUCCCUGAAGGUGCUGCAAGGCAAAGAGGACGAUUCGAACUGGCCUUUUCUCAAAUCGGCGGAUCGUGCAUGAUUGGGGCUGCGAUAGGAGGAGGCUCGGGCCUUUACAAGGGGCUCAAGGCCUCCACCCUGGCAGGAGAAACUGGGAAACUUAGGCGGACGCAGGUACUGAACCAUGUGAUGAAGCAAGGUGCUGCCAGCGCCAACACCCUGGGAGUGGUGGCUGUGAUGUACAGUGGAUUCGGAGUCCUGCUCUCGUGGGGGAGAGGAGAAGACGACGAGUACAACACGAUGGCCGCGGCCACGGCAACCGGUCUGCUCUUCAAGUCGUCGGCAGGUGCGCGAAGGUGUUUGCUCGGCGGCGGAGUCGGCUUCGCCCUGGCCGCCCUCUACUGCCUCUGGUCCUCCAGGGUGCAAAUGGACAAUGUUAGGAAGAUGCACUUUUGAUUUAGUCGCUCUGUAACAAAGUGGUAGCUCCGAUCGGAGGCUCAGACUCUGCAAUUGUCAUUAACCUGAUAGAUUAAGGGCCUCGCCGCGACCCCCCGAAUUUUCUCUUAAUUUGUUUCCCCCCACUACUUGCUGAAUUAAUAAAGGACAAAUUGAUCUAGGUAAUAAUGGAAAA